AUGGUGCCUAGAAUAGUUUUGACACGACAUGGGCUAGCAAGCAGCAGGUCGCUCCUAUUACAUUAUAGCAAAACUGCAACAAUUCUUCAUUGUGGUAUUCGACAUUUGGCAACAUCAAGCGCAACAACUCCAGCAUGGAAUGUAAACGAACUCGCUCCAAAAGUCACCCUGGCCAUGGAUGAAACUAUACGGCUGCAGAACUCGCUGGGUGAGAACGAUGCUAAAUGGCUCAAACGAACGACUGCUACUGCUAAUGCUACGGGCGUGUUGAGGAUUGCUGUUGUUGGAGAAACGCUGUCGGGUAGAACAAGUGUCGUAGAUGCUCUAGUUGGAAAUCCAGGUGCUUCUCUAGUCCCUGAAGAUGCUGACAAGACUUACACCUUGAGCUACGGAACAGAAGUAGACCAAAAGACAACAGAUUCAGACGUCGCAAUGUCCUGUCCUUCCGACUGGCUAAAAUCCAGCAACGCAUCCAUCAUAGUACCACCAGCACUAGACACACUAGAUUCCAAUCCCAACUACUCCCUACAAGAUCCAAUCCUGGCAUCAGACAUCAUCAUUCUCGUAACAGAUUCCAGAAGAGUGCUGUCAUCGCCUCGUGAGAGAGGUGUAUUGAGGUCGUUUACUUCGGCUGGAAAACCGACUGCUGUUGUUGUUGACGGGCUAACCACUGAUGGCAGUACCACGUAUAUAAUGAAGGGAGUGGAUAUUGGUAUGCAUGGUUCCGUACCUGGUAUACUCCCGCCAUCUAUAAAGCCAUACACCAAGCCCACAAGCACCAAAUCCAUCACAGACCUACAACAGCUCAUAACAUCCCCAUCCACAAAACCAAAAUCAACACUCUCAACAGCACUUCUAGCACUAUCACGUUUAAAAGCUCGUGAACUGGAUGCGCAGAAACUGUUGUCUGCAGUAUCACACAAGAUAACGUCACUUGCUGGUGCACUAAAGAGAGAGGAGGCACGAGUGCAUGAACGAUUUGUAGAUUCGGAUUUAGGGAUUAUUGAACGGAUUUCAGCGAGACUUGUUAUGGCUGUUAGAUAUGCCUUGGAUGAUGUACCGUUCUGGAAGCUGUUUUGGAAGGUCGAUGGGUUGAGUUAUGAUGUUAGGAAACAGGUGGAUGAGAAUACGCUUGUGGAGACUGAAUAUCGAAUGACACAUACACUAGGCCGCCUCUCCGAAACGCGAGACGUUCUAAUCACCCUCUCAUCAUCCUCACUAUCCUCGAUCUCAACAACCCUAUCAGAAUCCACUCACCCCAUACUACACACCCUAUCUCACGACCUAUCACGUAUACGUGAUACGAAUCUAACGGCUCUUAAGAACAUACUUCCCAAUCCCUUCUCGUUGCGAAACGAGAUUGCGACAUUCCAUGCUGCUAAAGGAUUGGAUGGGUUUCAGACCCGGGUUGGUACAUUGGUUGGAAGGCAGUUUGUUGGACAGAGUUUGUUGGGAGCUGUACUUUUGGGAAGUGUUUAUUUAGGUGUGCCGUGGGCUGUUGCGUUGCCUGGUGGUGGGCUGUUGUCUGCUUUGGGACUAACGUGGAUGGCAUUACGAUGGUCGUCAAUGUCUGAUCGGUUUGUAGGCGAGAUUUCUGCAGAGCAGAAGACGCUUCGUGAACGAUUACUGGCAUCAUACGACACAGAAUUCGAAUCAACAGUCGUAAAUCCAUUAUCAGAAGUAGUGACGCUUGCCCAACAAGCAGUCACAAAACAAAAAGAGGAAGUUAGUAGUCGGAUAUCUAGAAUUGAGAAGGUUGAGGUAAUGGUCAAGGAGUUGCUGGUGACGAUACAACAAUAA